AUGGUUCUGUGUCAGUUUGCAACGUUCACGUUAUUCCGCAUUUCCCUUCAAAAAUUGUGUGGUAGAACUGUGUCAUUCAUUACUCCUAAAGCAAAUGAGUUCCUGGUGAUUGUUAUUCUCGCUGUUGUUAUACUUCCGUUCACAUUUUUGAGGAGUCCUGGUGAAUUUUGGGGUGUAGUAGUGAUCGCCAUGGCCACUACUGUGAUUGCGGUGCUGUCAAUUCUUAUAGGUAUCUUCCUGUUCGCCUUCUCUGGUCACUAUGUCUUCCCCACAAUUCAGCACGACAUGAAAAACCCUCACGAGUUCACCAAGAGUGUCGCUGUCGGAUUUUUCUUAGUCGUCCUGCUCUACAUGCCGCUUUCCGUCAUGGGAUACGUUGUGUAUGGUUCCUCUUUGGAAAGUUCAGUGAUCUACUCCAUUCAAACCGGCUAUCUACAGGUAACAGUGAAAUUUUAA